AUGGCUAAAAAUGAAGAGCUGCAAACCAUAGGUCGAUUAAGAAAAGGAGAUGUAUUGGCUCUUCGUGCAUUCGUGGAAGCUAAACCGAACAAAGCAGAACGGGAUGAGAAGAAGAGGAAGCUUCUUGAAACGUUGAAAGCAAAGUUGCCAAGAAAAAAGAGCAAAUCCAAGAGCAAGGUAGAAAAGACAACUGAGAUUAAAGAAGACCCUAAAAUAACAAUUCGUAAAGUUUUAAUUGGUUGGCAACAUUUUGACAAAGUCAAAAAUAAAUAUGUUUCUGUUCGUAUGUCCAAAGGUGGUGGGUCACGUGAUAUCAGUGUUCCAAUAAAUUCAACAAGAGCAGACAUAAUAGAGCAAAUGAAGCUUGUUUUCUUUCCUCAUGGUAAAAGUGUUUUUGGAUCUGCUUCCAGGAUGAAAAUGUCACUGGGCGAUUUCAAAUAUGAGGAGAUCACAGAUGACGAUUUUACUUUGAUGAAUUACAUAAAAUUGUAUAAGUUGUCAAAAGUUAGACUUUAUUUAUUAACAAAAUCUGUUGAUGAUAUUAGAAAUAUAUUUGAAUCCAGUGACAGUGAAGAAGAACUAUGCCCUGCUUUUGAUGAGCAUGGACUAUGCCCUACUUUUGAUGAGCAUGGACAUACCAGCGGUUUAAUCGGUUCAGUGUCAGAGAGAAGCAACUUGCGCCAGCAACAGGAUGUUGAGUACCUUCAGUCAUUGACAAAGGACCAAGAAAAAGAAAACGAUAAAAGAAAAGAACUUCAAAGCAUACAAGACAAGGUAAAGGAAGAACAAGACCUGUACAGAGCAAGAUUAGCAAAUGUUGUUCAUGAACCAGACAUGAGUGAGCCACAUGUGACGGUAUCUGUAAGGCACUUAACAAUUGGUGUGCAGACUCGCAGAUUUCCUAUUCUCUGUUUAAUCUCCAGCAUUUAUGACUGGGUGGGAUCACUUAGUCCAAAUCCUACCCAUUUUACUCUAUCUUCGUGUGAUAUGGCAAGUUUCGAUCCAAGUUUACCAGUCACUUUGGUAGAUCGAGCACUUCUGAACAUGGCUGUAGCUGAUGAGUCUGAUGAGAUGGCCAUAUUUCCUGCAUUAUAAAUAAGGAUUGUUCAUCGAUCAAGCAAAUUCAAGACAACCAUGAUUUGAACAACCUUGAAGUCAUUGAAGAUAUAUGGGAAGUUCCACCACCAUUUCUCUUGGAGGGAGAUGUGAUGUAAGUUAUUACAUUUCAUAGAUACAGUAGUAGACUAGUAGUGAUAAUUUAUGUGGUAAAUGCAGUAUUUUUUCUAGCCAGAAGUAUGCAUAAUGUACAGUAGGUAUCAUUAUUACUGUACAAUUGACAAAAAUGGCUGUCACGUGCUAUACACAUUUUUAGCAUUAAUGCCUUAAAUGCUGCACAUACUACUGCACUAGUUGCUGCAACCCGGAAUUCAAUCCCAAAAAUAUAUUAAAAUCAAUUUUUAUCAAUAAUUGUAUAUUCAUUGUUUUGCACAGUACACAAACUAGAGGGCCAGCCGUUCCACGCGUUGUAACCAAUAAUAUAUUGGCGUUGUUAAGCCAUUGUAUGCAAUAAAGUACUGGGUUGUAAUGGAUCUACAAUUGCAAUAACCCUAAUCCAAACGCUAACCCUAACCCUUCUCCUAACUCUUUUUCGUUUGGCGCUGAAAUAACCAGGUCGAAACCGACCUGGUAUGUUGCAGAUUCAUAUCUUCGGUUCAGUGCAUGCUAUGUGUAUGGAAAUAAUACCAUUCGAUUGAGUGAGAAAAUUCCUAUCGAUAAAUAUAAUAAAAUUUCAACAUUAUAGCGAUUUACAACCUUUAGAGGGCAAGUAGUGUCAUAUUUCAUUAGAUUACACAAAUAACACAAUAUUCCCGAAAAAUGUAAACAAGUCAAUGUAAUAAAAUGUAUCACAAAAACCUCCAUGACCUCCUGUCGGAGACAAUAGUGUUAGAUGAUUCAUUAUCUAUUAACAUUGUACAAUCAUCAAUCACAACAAUUAAGGUUAGAAUUAUCAACGGAAUGAAGUUUUACUAACACACAUUGUGUGAUAGCUAUAUGAUUAUAAUUACAUAGAAUGAAUCGGAAAUGAAAAUGGAAACUUGCAUUGAUUUGAUCUGAUUUAGAUGAAAAAGUUUGGAAAUGUAAUAAGGUAUUUUUUAUUUUGUUGUAGGAAAUCAGAACCCAUUCUAGAUAGUAACGUUGAAAUUGCUGCUGCCACACUAGAAAAUGAAGAGUCUAACCAACAAGGCAACCAGAUUAGACAAAACGAGAUUGACAAUCCAAACAUCUACCCGUCACUGGAUGACCGCUCUCUUCACGAUGACCUGCAAAACCUUCCUGUAACCAGGUAAUGAAAGUCUUAUACACCGUCUGAAUUACAUUUCCUCCUCCAGGAAACAGGUUGGACUUUCGUCUAGGCAUGCGCGAGAAACGUAAGCGUGGAGUGCACGUGAGUGCGGGUUAAUCGCGUGACUGAAUUCUAAAAACAAACACCAAAUUUGCCAAAACUACUCGUGUUAUGAAGUCGUUUUCUUGUUUCUUUAGUGUUUCUACGCUCCCAAUUUUAGGCAUUUCCAUCUUAGAAGUGUUUGCUUUGGAAUAAGAACGUGAAAGUAGAAAUAGAAUCUUUGUUGCAGCAGUUUAAUUUCGCCGUACAAAUAUAUCUGUUAUAUGUAUAUCUUUUUCGAAGUAAAGAUAUACAAGUGCAACUUGACCUUCUUUAAAUUCGUACUUGCCCUAUUUUUGACUCUAUAAAAACUACUUUUAUCCAUGGAGAAACUAUUUGACUUUAAAAAAAUAAUUUGCAAACAGUGAUUCAGUACUCGGUAGUAUACUUGGUUGUAUACGAAUAAAAGUCUAAAAUGAGUUCAACAUCCAUCAACAAAAAUGAGUCGCGCUUAUUACUACUGUUUAGAAGAUAAACAAUUAAUUUAAUUCACCAAGAACCCGUUCUACAAUAUAAACUAGAAAUCGGCCAACAAAUUGUCACGAAAUACUGCAAUGAAAACAGGGUCUCUGAACUACCGAUUGCACCGAACGGUCAAGUUUCUCUGCAAAGAUCGCUCCUUUGCCCAAUUUUUAUCGAGUAGAUCAUCGUGUUAUCAAGUCAAGGAUUAUGUAUACUUUAAAUUAACAUAAGAGUAAAAAAACUGGUGAUAAAGGGUAGAUUUUGAAUAAAAUACGAAUAUCUGUAUACAAGAUCAGAGCGUUAUUAUGAAACACUCGAUACUUUCUCCAACAACAUAUUGCGCUUAAUUUUUUACAAAAUUAAAAAUAUUCACACAUUAAAGAUAAGAAAAUGUAGCUUGCAUUACAAAGAAAUGUUGGCUUACCUAUUGCGCUUAAUUUUUUACAAAAUUAAAAAUAUUCACACAUUAAAGAUAAGAAAAUGUAGCUUGCAUUACAAAGAAAUGUUGGCUUACCUAAGUUAUACCUUACACGUCGAUUAAAGCCAAGUAAAGCAUUUUCAAAGACGCGUGCCACAUUAAACUACAGGUCACAUGGCGGUAGAGAACUCGACGAAGUAUUCAGGAUAUUUCAUAGCCAGUAUAAACGCCGCUGUGUACUAUUCCCGUGAAUUAUGAUGCCCAACACACCGAGUAACAAAAUUUACCACUUUGUUCGGCUGUUCCAAGUACACUUUUAAGAUACAAGGUCCGAUCAUAUCAUGUUCUUCGAAGCAUCUGCUCUAAACAGUCCAACAUAAAUAUCGCCACUCAUCUUCUUCGUAUGAAAAUAUAAGUUUUCCUUUCAAUUGCUUUGCUUUAAAAACAAUCAUUAGGUUGUUGAAGAGUUAGCCCAGAACUUCCAACAACAAAAAAACCAGAUGCUUUCAAAAACCAGUGAAUCACAAUGCUGUAAACUUCAACAUCCUUAGAAAUUGUACGCCAAACAUCGAAAAGCAAAAUUUGCGGGAAAAAGCUCACGAGCCGGCACUAUUUUGAUGCAACGUCGACGAAAGUCCACCCUGUUCCUCCAGGAGGUUAUGUUUUCAUCUGCGUUUGUGUGUGUGUGUGUGUGUGUGUGUGUGUGUGUGUGUUUGUCUGUCUGUCUGUCAGCAUGGUCCGUCAAAAAUGAUCCAACAUAUUAACACGAAAAUUUGUGGAUAUAUUGGUUCAAUUUCGAUGAAAAUCGCAUUAGUUCAUUGUAUAAAUUAUUCCUAAUAUCUGACACCUCCAAUACGAAAAUAUGACCAUUGAAUGUGAAAGAGAACAAAAACAACGCGAUAGAGUGAUUUUUGUUGUCCGGUACUCUGUAGGAAAUAACAGUGCUGUACCUCCGGUUAAUCACCAUUUGCCUAAUUUGUGUGGACACAUUGUUUCCGAACCAUGUUUCGUGAAGGUAGACAGAUAUUCAGUAAACAUCUCUCAGUAUUAAUCUCUGUUAGAACAAGGUUUCAUAAAUACAAGUCGCAAGAAGAUAUCGUGCGUACUUCGCUCUGUAGUUAUUAUUAUUAAGUAUAAUGCAAUUUAUUUAUGUCUUUCAGAGUUCUAAAAAUCAGAAGAGUAAAUAUUAUGCAAGACAUGAUUGAGAAUUUUAAAGAUGAAUCGAUUAUGCAGAUCCACGUCAAAGUCGUUAUGAUUAAUUCGUUCGGAAAAGAAGAGUUGGGCGUUGAUGAUGGCGGUGUCUUUCGUGACGCUCUUUCUGCCUUUUGGAGUUCGUUUUACGAUUCAUGUACAGUUGGAGAGGAAGAAAGAGUGCCCGUAGUCAGACAUGAUUUUAAAGAAGAAGAAUGGGAGGCGAUAGCGCGAAUUCUGGUCAAGGGUUACAGCGAACUCAAGUUCUUUCCAGUAAAACUAAAUAAAGUUUUUAUGUUUUCAACCCUGUUUGAAAGUGAAAAAAUACCAGAUGAACUGUUGAUGGAAUCAUUUUUAGGGUACGUGUCCAAAGAUGAGCGAGACCUAAUCAAUACAGCUUUAAAAGAUGAUGAUUUAGAUGACAACCAGGAAAAAGAAUGGCUUGAUUUUCUCGAGAGGUUUGACUGCAGAACAAUCCCUAAAAAAGAGGAUCGUCAAACAAUAAUCCUAGAACUGGCGCAUAAAGAAAUGGUCCAGAUUGCGCAGUUCAUCAUUGAUAGUUGGAGAAAGCCAUUUAAAGAAAACCUUGCAAAUCGCGAUGCAUUUUCUUCGAGGGAGUCUUUGGAGGAGAUUUACCAAAAUGCAAGACCAACAGUGAAAAGAGUUUUAAAGCUAAUACGUGCUGAACCGACAAGUAAUUCGCAGCGCGCUGUACUUUCGUUUUUGAAGCGGUACAUACGAGGGCUUGAUGACGAGAAGCUAACAAAGUUCCUGCGUUAUUGCACUUCCUCGACAAUGAUUUGCGUUGAAUCAAUAAAAGUAGUAUUUACUGACCUUGAUGGUGCAGCAAGACGUCCUAUCGCCCACACCUGCGGAUCAGUUCUGCAACUCCCAACUACGUAUCAAUCUUUUCCACAGUUCCGGCAGGAAAUGAACAACAUAUUCAGCAGUCAAUACUGGGACAUAGAUAUCGCAUAA